GAGGAAGCUUUGUUCAGCCCACCAACGUCUACACUGUUCUGUGAGAACAAUGAACACCAGGCAUCUGCUGAUCUCCUGCUGGCUAACUCUCUGCAACUCACUCUCUGGGACUGGGACUCCUCCCACCACUGUGACCGGAGCUCAGGGACACUCAGUCUCCUUACUUUUUGGGAUCCCAGUCAGUCCAGACUUUGAGGUUCAUUGGAUUCGGGUAUCGCCCAGAAUCAAGAUUGUGAAGUACUUGAAUGGGAACAUCAGCUACUUCAGUAAUGAGCAGUACAAGAACAGGAUAACCUUUCACCCUGGGAGCAUCAGUCUGGAAAUCCAUGAUCUACGGAGAGAGGACUCUGGUGAUUAUGAGGUGAUGUUUGCAGCUGCAAGUUCAGGAGCUGAAAAUAAAACAACAGUGCGACUGGAGGUGUACGAGCCCGUGUCAGGAGCAAACAUCAUGGUUCAGAACAUCACUGGGACUUGUAACCUCACCCUGACCUGCUCCGUGACCUCUGGCAACCACACCAGAUUCAGUUGGUGGAGAGGAGAAGUUACAGGAGACAACAGCAGCCAGCACUUCUGGAAAGACGGAAAGACGAUACAGGUUGAUUGCAUAGCAGAGAUGGAGGAUGUUGUGUACAGGUGUGAGGCCAGCAACCCCAUCAGUGAGGACACCGCACAGGUCCGGCUGGGGGACGUCUGUAAUCUGGACACAUGUCCAAUGCCAGAUGCAGUGAUCCUGAAGAUUGUACUGUUAGUGGUGGGAACCGUCCUGAUCUUUGCUCUCACUGUGAUCCUCAUGGUCACACGGAGAAGAAGACCUGAGGGAAGGGAAGUAACUUCAGGGACUGAAGACCAAUCGGAGACGGGCAUCAUUUACACAGAUCUUCAGUGGGUGAAGAAGAAUCGCAGUGUCUGGCAGCCCCCCAAGGGGAAUGACAGGUUUGCGGGUCCGGAGGUCGUUGCCGAGACUAAUCCCACUGAGUAUGCUGCAGUGAUGCACCAUGCCAGACCCCCCAUGGAUGGGCUGAGGACAGAACCCCUGGACUGUAUCCUGUAGUUUAGGAUGGAUCGACCCUCCCUCGGCACCGGCACAAGGAGGGUACGGACGCUCAGGGAAAUCUGCAUGUGGAACGGUGGCUUGGAGAUACAGGUUUCCUCUGUGUCCCACUGUCGUGGUGAGGGGUGAGGUCUAUGGGACAACAGCAUGGCUGCUCUUUGCUGCUUUGCUUUUUAAGUGUUGAAUGUUAGUUCAAUAAUGCUCCCCAGUUUUGCUGGUGGAAGAGAUUUUGUCAGAACGUUCCCCUGUAGAUUAUCACCUUGAUUAAUCCUCCUCAAACAGUAGUCAAUAAUUAAAUGAAUGAUGUGAGCCUGUGCACAGUUUCCAAAUGCUCACGACUCUCCCAUCUUGAGCGAUCAACUGUCAAACACAGGUUCACACUGAGGGUACGGAAUUAUCACUGGGGAAAGAUGGAGGUCCAAGAGACUCUGUCAACCUUCUGCCAGAAAUCAGGAAGGGAAGGAAGAGGGCGGAGGGGAGACGAUUUCAGGCUGGUAUUGGAUUUAUGAGGAAUGUUUAUGAGGUGGGACUCAGUGGAGAACAGGGAUUUAAGGGAGGGAGAAAAAUGGAAAGGUUUAAGGGAGCAACAACACACACACAGUGCUGGAAGAACUCAGCACAUCAGCAUCUCUGCAGGAGAAUAAUAGUCAACGAUUCAGCUGCCUGCUGCCUGAACUGCUCAGUUCCUCCUGCACGGAGAGUGUGUUGCCCAAGUUUCCCAGUAUAUGGGUGUGUCUCGGGUUUAAGGGAGAGGGAGUUGUUGGAAAGUGAGGAGAACGAGAGACAGGGAUUUAAUAUAAACGAUGCAGGAAUACAGCACAGACAGGGAGCGACCAUGUUGUGCAGGAUCUGGUCCAGUGAUCUCAUACACCCACAUGACCAUUCGAGCUCUCUACACCUCACUAGGAUGUGGAAGGCAUGUCCAAAAGUUUAAUCUCCUGAGAUCCAAGGCAAGUUGGUACAUUAAUUACAAAGUGAGCUUGGUAAUAGCAGGCAGAGAGUGAUAGUGGGCUGUUGCUUUUGUGUUUGGAAGCCUAUGGCCAGUUUUGACCAAUAGGGGUUGUUGCUGGAUCCUAUUUAUGUGCGUUGGAUGUGAUGUUUCAUUGAUUCGAUUGUGUUUCUUGGAUUUACUGACUGUGCCCUCAAGAGAAUUAAUCUCAUGUUUGUAU